CCCUGUGUCCCUGCACCCAUGGUCUCCUGACCUGCUUUCAGCAUUUCACAUCACUGUCCGAAGAUCAAAACUGAACCCCAAAAUCCCUUCAGUCCAAAUGCAUUUUUGCCAUCGUUUCGCGAGAAAGUCACGAGUUGUGACACUGUGUUCACAUGACUCCAUCUUCUAGCCAAUUGGAUGCCACCUUUCAAUCUGAGUUAACCAAGAGGAUAGGGCAACAAUAAUUUUCCGUUUGCCAGUCGUUCCGUUUUUAUUAAUCUUUUUGCAAACAUCGAAAGUGGUGGCCAUCUGUUUCCAGUAGCACCAAAGUUUUUUAGGUGACUGUGUGGUGACCACUGGCCCCUAUUCCUUAACUGCUCCUGUGAGUUCCUAACUAAUUCACCCAGUCCUAAAUCCUCACCAUGGAGUCCAACAAAGUGCAAUCUGAAGGAGGACUCAAUGUCACUCUGACUAUCAGACUCCUCAUGCAUGGCAAGGAGGUUGGCAGCAUUAUAGGCAAGAAAGGGGAAACUGUGAAGAAGAUGCGUGAGGAUAGUAAUGCACGCAUAAAUAUUUCAGAGGGGAAUUGCCCAGAGAGGAUAGUUACCAUCACAGGACCCACAGAUGCCAUAUUCAAGGCCUUCGCCAUGAUCGCAUACAAGUUUGAAGAAGAUAUUGUUAACUCUAUGAGCAAUAGCCAGGCUACUAGUAAGCCUCCAGUGACUUUGCGUUUGGUGGUGCCGGCCAGUCAAUGUGGCUCUCUAAUUGGGAAAGGAGGCUCCAAGAUCAAGGAGAUGAGGGAGUCUACAGGGGCUCAAGUGCAAGUGGCUGGAGACAUGUUGCCCAAUUCUACUGAGCGAGCGGUCACUAUCUCAGGUGCUCCAGAGGCUAUUAUCCAAUGUGUGAAGCAGAUCUGUGUGGUCAUGUUGGAGUCCCCACCCAAAGGUGCCACAAUUCCAUAUAGGCCGAAGCCUGCCACUGCACAAGUCAUUUUUUCUGGGGGCCAGCUAAGAGCAGAUACUCUGACAGCACCAGCCACAGCCAACCUCAGCUUGUUACUGCAGCAUCAGCCUCUGCCUACCUACACCAUUCAGGGACAAUAUGCCAUCCCACACCCAGACUUGACAAAGCUCCAUCAGCUGGCUAUGCAGCAAACCCCCUUUACCUCCCUCGGACAGACCACCCCCGCUUUCCCUGGUGUGGAUGCCAGUUCACAGGCCAGUACUCAUGAACUCACCAUUCCAAAUGAUCUAAUAGGCUGCAUAAUCGGACGUCAGGGCACAAAAAAUAAUGAAAUCCGUCAAAUGUCUGGGGCUCAGAUCAAAAUUGCUAAUGCCAUGGAGGGGUCAUCAGACCGUCAGAUCACCAUUACUGGAACACCUGCCAACAUCAGCCUGGCACAGUACCUCAUAAAUGCCAGGUUCAGAGAUGUGGCAGCCAUGUGGACUGACCCUUCAACCAUAACAACCUCCUGAAAUCAUAUUAUGCUCUGUUUAUCCAAGACGUUCUGGUCUUGAACUGUUUUUGGGCCUCAUCAGUGUUCUUAAAACCUGGGAAUUGAUAUAGUCAGACAUUUGUGUCUCAGGAUUGUUGAACUACAAUUAGUGUAAUUAAGCCAGUUCAAUUGACUCAUUCCAUAAAAUAACAAAAAAAAAAA